AUGGACGAUUUUGUCGACGAUUUUGAAGAGAUGGGCAUGGACGCACGCAGAAAUUCCACAUCAGGCGGACCUCAAGGCAGACGAGGUACCGGACGCCGUUUCUUUUAUGAUAUGGACGGUCUCGACGAAGAGGAUAGUUAUCCCCGUAGAGCAUCGACACGAGUUGGACCCCAGGAGAGACGUGACACAAGACGUCGUCACUUGGAUGACAUGGACGUUUUCGACGAAGAGGAGACCAAUCCCCGUAGACCAUCGGCAGGAGGCGGACCCCAGGGGAAACGAGACAUAAAACCUCGUCACUUGGACAACAUGGACGGUUUCGAAGGAGAGGAUAUUUAUCCCCGUAGACCAUCGGCACGAGGCGGAGCCCAGGGGAUACGAGGCGCCGGACCGAGAUACAUGGACGAAAUUUCUACCGAUAUGGUCCCAUACGUAGCAGGAAGCGGUUAUGGAUCGAAGGCUCAAACUGCAAAGCCCCCAACUGCCAAAUCAAAGCCGUCUCUCGACAAACUUGAAGCUGAGCUUGAUGUAGUCGAAAUGGAACAAGAACGGCUCGGGGACAAGAUUAUGCAAAUCAAGAUGGAGAUUUACAAAAUCGAUCCCGAAUCGGAAAGAGUCGACGACAGUGACAGGUCUUUCCUGCACCUGCCCUCCAAAGGAAAUCGCAAUCAUGAGGAGCGCGGACAUCGCCACGACCGCCGAGGUCCUGCACCUGUACGUGGUGGAUACCCGGACCGUGGUGCAGCUCGUCAUCGAGAGCACGAUCAGAGAUCUGGUAAAGAGACGCUCGCCCGUGCGCAGGUUUGCACCGAUUUUGUAGAUGCACCCUGUUACCCUCUAAACAUUCGAUGGAUCGAGAACCCGGAAAUACCAGGUCUUGUACAUUCUUCUUGCGAGAUAGGACCUGAACCUGUAUAG